UACCGCCGCGAUAGUGUUCGCUCUGGAGUCGGCCAGGGAACCCGCGUGCGGUAGCGACCGUGGACUCGUGCGUGCGUGUGAUAGAGCGUUCCGAAACUAUGGCAGGAUCUUAGUGUCGUCGUACAUGCGUUUAGUUUCUGUGAUGACGGAUUUUGAGUGACAACAAGACUAAAAGGAUAAUUGUAAAAUGGUAUGAUACUAUAGUACACAAAGUGGCGCUGCAAGUGACAACCACCGGAAACCAGUAGACGAUGUGAGCACGGCCAAGUGAAGAAGUGACCCAUCUGUGAUAUAUUAUACGAUACUGUGAUAUUCUUUUGAACAUGGAAACUCUGAUAUCAAUAUUAGUGAUUUUCAUCGCCUCGGGAACAGCCUCAGUUUAUGACUCAAAGCCUUCAGUAUACAGAGGACUCUACUCUCAGCAGGUGGACGACUUUGAGGUAACAGUUCCGCAGAAGAUAACACCAGGAGGUCGACCUCUGGGGGAGGAACUAUCUCACCACCACGAACGACAACGUCGCCUCAAACGAGACGCCCCCUUGGAGACGCUGCACUAUAGGCUGAAAGUAACUGGAGAAGAUGAAAUCCUGGACUUGGAGCCCAGCAGCGCUUUCAUCUCCCCCAAACUGAGAGUGCAUCGCGGAGUCCGAACUCGCAAGGUCAGCCGUGACAAGACCUCUUGUCACUAUCGCGGAGUCGUGCGCAAUCAUCGUGGAUCUUCUGUGGCUCUCUCCGCCUGCAAUGGGCUGACUGGAGUCCUGAGGCUGAACGGCACGGAGUACUGGCUGGAGCCGGCAGCAGUUGGCGCCCAGACGCCGAGCCGACCCCAUAUCCUAUUCCGUCGAGACGCCGCCACCCGUCACCGCAAACGACGCAAGAGGAAGAGGAAGAAAAAACACGAGAAGAAUUGUGGAACAAGAGAGCCCCCCAGACUGCCAGCCGCCAAGCUGGAGUGGGCACCAGUGUCCGGCCAGGUCAAGGUUCAGGGGCGGGGAAGACGCAGAGGCAAGCAUCGCUCCCCUCGCUCUGUCAGCAAGGAGCGCCACGUGGAGACGCUGCUGGUGGCCGACGCUUCCAUGGUCGAGUUCCAUCAGGACGGCGACGUAGAAAUGUACCUCCUCACCGUUAUGAAUAUGGUGUCAGCGUUGUACCAAGAUCCCAGUAUCGGGAACUUUGUCAACAUCGUUGUCGUCAAGAUAGUCCUGAUAGAGGAUGACGCGGAAGAGGGACUAAACAUCACGAUCAAUGCAGACCGUGCUCUGGACAGCUUCUGUCGUUGGCAACAAGCACAGAACCCUUCUUCGGAUAAAGAUCCUCAGCACCACGAUGUCGCCAUCCUCGUCACAAGGAAGGACAUCUGUGCACGCCAAAACACGCCAUGUAGCACGCUGGGAGUAGCACAUGUCGGAGGCAUGUGUCAACCUGCACGGAGUUGUAAUAUCAAUGAGGACAACGGCAUUACGCUGGCGCACACCAUUGCUCACGAGAUGGGACAUAAUUUUGGCAUGUUCCAUGACUCUGCAAAGUCCGGCUGCGUGUCACGACGUGGACCAACCAUGCAUGUCAUGACACCCACCUUUGAAGCUGACUCUCUUAACAUCGCCUGGUCUGAGUGCAGCCGUCGUGACAUCACACACUUCCUCGACCAGGGCCUGGGCAGCUGCCUGGAGGAUCAGCCAGUAGAACAGGAAGACUAUAGUUACCCAGAGCUACCCCCUGGAGCCAUGUACAACGCUGACUAUCAGUGCCGUCUUCAGUUCGGGCCGGAUAGUUCAGUGUGUUCUCCAACAGAAGAGAUAUGUUCAAGACUGUGGUGUAUGGUGGAUGGUAUGUGUACAACCAAUCUGUACCCAGCUGCUCCAGGAACCCACUGUGAUAAACAUAUGUGGUGUGUGAACCAGGCCUGUGAGGCCAUAGGGGAUGCAGCUGAGCCAAUUGCCGGAGGCUGGGGUGAGUGGGGAGAGUGGGGUGCGUGUUCGCGGACUUGUGGAGCAGGAGUAUCCAUCAAAGAGAGGCUCUGCGACCACCCUGCACCUGCCUUCGGGGGCCGAUAUUGCCUCGGGGAGAGACGUCGCUACAGGAUCUGCAAUACCAAGCCUUGUCCAGAAAACCCUCAGAGCUUCCGAGCAGAACAAUGUUCAGCCUAUAACAACCAGCCGUACUUCGGCAAGAACUACACCUGGCUGCCAUACUUUGAGACAAGUGAGCCCUGUGAGUUGUAUUGUACGGACAUGGAUGACACCAUCAUUGCCAGCCUCGGGGACACGGCACUGGACGGCACACCAUGUAACCUCGGCUCCAGGGAUAUGUGCAUCUUGGGCAUCUGCAGGAAGGUUGGCUGUGACUGGCAAGUGGACUCGGACGCAGCUGAAGACAAGUGUGGAGUGUGUCAAGGUGACGGGAAGUUAUGUUCUACACAGAAGGGUUACUACAAUGUGACACAUGGCGAUGGCUACACAGAGGUCGCUGUAAUUCCUAGAGGUGCCAGGAACAUUGCUGUAGAAGAGCUUGGCAGUACUAGGAACUACAUUGCUAUCGGAAGUGCAACCAAUAGCACAUUUUAUCUCAAUGGAAAUGGGGAGAUCACGAUCUCUGGAGAGUACAGUAUAGCUGGAAGUGCUGCUCUCUAUGAACGUCACAAGGAAUUAGAGAAGCUCCGUAUACCAGGACCUGUCAAAGAGGACAUCCUGAUUUACGUGAUAUUCCGGGAUGACAACCCGGGCGUGCUGUUCGAGUUCACGCUGCCUAACGAGCAUCCGAUGCCUAUAGACGAGUUCGAGUGGCAGAUGUCAGAUUGGUCCACCUGCUCAGCCACGUGUGGAGGCGGUGAGCAGAUAUCUCGGGCCGUCUGUCGACACACAAGCUCAGAGAUGCCUGCCCCCGGCAAGUGUCGCCAAGACUCUCGGCCCUCAGACAGGAUGAGGGUCUGCAACCUCCAACCCUGCCCUGUCAGAUGGUGGAUCGGACCAUGGCAGCUGUGUCCUGUGACUUGCGGAGAGCAGGCUGUACGUCGUCGCAGUGUCAUCUGUGUCUCGGGCAGUGACGAGCUGGCUCUCCCCGACAAUGAGUGCGAGGGACAGCCUCGCCCCCGCCACAUCGAGCCUUGCCCGGACAUCCCCCUGUGUCUCCUGGACCCGACCUCUGCUCCGAACAUGCUCCUGAACUAUCGAGAGACCCUCCAACUAAAACAGUCCCCCAAGAGGUACAACAAGUGGACCGUUCUGCCCUGGAGUCAGUGUUCUGUCAGCUGUGGCAUCGGCUUCAAGAAGCGUACCAUCUUCUGCGGUUCCAUCAAGUGCGACUCUCAGACUAAACCCAUCUCUGUCAAACAGUGCUAUAGGCAUUGUCCGACCACUGACACACAGACCUUGUAAAUAAAUGUAUGUACUUUCUAACAAGUUGUAAAAAUUAAAAGUAGCCAUCAUUUUUGUACUCUG